AUGUUGCGCCUUACAGACUCUCCCAUGCCAAUUGGCGUUGGUUUCAUUCUUUUGUCUUUGGGAGCCAAGUUUACUUCUGCCGUUCCUUACCAAAUCUAUCAACUUAAUGAUCGCGACGUCAAUACUGAUAUCACUACAACUGAUACCUUCAUUUCUACUACCACCAGCGCCGUCGCGCCCAUUGACGUUAUUCCUACUACAAGUUCAGAGGUUGUUGUCAUCAACACUGAGAUUUCAACUAACAAUGACGCUAUUGUCGUUGACACAACUACCAAUGCUGCUCCAGUCAUUGACACGCCUACCACUAUUGGCCAGAUUGUCGAUGGUACUACCAGCGCUGAGAUUGCGCCUGUUGGUACGGAGACAUCAGCUAUUGUGGAUGUGUUGAGUAGCACUGAUGCUCCAGUCGUGAACUCUAUUCCCACUACAACUGAGGGUCAGACUACAUCGAACUGGAUCCCAUACGCUGGGACAGAGACCAAUGUCGUUGGCACUCCUGGCGCUAGCACUGAUGUUCCCCCUCCUGCUGGAACAGAGACUAGGAGCGAGGUCCUCCCUCCUCCGGUUGUCGACACCACCACAGACACUGCUGUUCCAGUUGGCACUGAGACUACAAGCAACGCAAGUGAACCUGUCGACACGACCACUGAUCUUCCCGUACCUGGCCCUGAGACCACAGCCACCCAAGCUCAGAUACCCGUUGAUACAACUACCUCUGCUGCCAUCCCUCCUCCCAACACCGACCCCAGGACUGUUGUAUCCUCUCCCGAAACCACAACUGAUAAGGUUGAUGCUCCUAGCACCACCGCACCCGCCAACAACAUCCCCAGUACAACUGAGAAGGCCUCUGAGCCCAGCGACCAGCCCAGUAAUGUCCCUUCAGCGCCCGUCACUGCUCCUCCCCAAGAAGCCACUGCUGCUGCUUCUCAGGCUCAGGUCACUGCCUCAGAGUACAACUCCAAGGUCGACGACAUCAUCCCCAUCAUCGUCGCUUGGACCAACAACCCUGAUGGUCUCAAGACUGAUACGUUGAACAAGGUUAACAACUUGAUCAAUGGUGUCAAGGGCGCUAUCAAGGAUCUUGGUGGUAAUGAAUCUGGUGGAUGCCACGGAAAGCGACGCCGUGGACUGCUUGAUGUUGUCUCCAACGUCAUCAACACCUUGUCCUGUGUCGUCUCAAACCUUGAGGAUGUUACUGGUAAGAUCACAGGGGGUAUUGUCGAGGGUGUGACUCCCAUCGUUAGCACACUCACCAACAACAGCAAUGAUCUUAAGGAUCAGAGUGAGGAGGAAGAUGACGAUGAUGAUGACGAGUCCAAGACUGAGAAGCAGGAGUCUAAGACUGAAGAGGAAGAGUCAAAGACGGAGGCUAGUACUACUGGGAAGCCUACUUCUACCGAGGCUGAGACUACGACCUCUGCUGAGACGACGGAGACUACUGGGUCUUGCAAGAUGAGGGAGACUACCAGUAUUCCAGCUGCUUCUGAUACCCAGCCCAAGACGUCAAUUGCUCUGCCCCCCACCAGCGGCGACGGCGCUACUGGCAGUUACACCUCUGCUGGCCCGGCCGAGACUGGCACUUCCGACGUGCCUACCUCGACUGAGGGUGCUGAUGUGAUCACCUCUAACCAAAGCCCUGAGUCUACCACCGCAGCUGAGACUUCUGUCCAAGAGACCCCUACCAAUCCUGUAGAUGAGACCAGCACCGCUGAUCAAACCGCCAAGACGGAAGAGACUACUAUGGCUGAUGAGACUGACACUUCAGCCCCCGCUACUACAAGACUUAGCACCUUAAUCACAACAACACGUCCCUCCGACCAAACUACCAACACCAACACUUCCGGGGACAUUACCACCGCCCCAGUACGCACAUAUUACCCUUGCGGCAUCUACGGCGGUCCCCGUGUCACCUCAGCCUACUGCCAAUGCUCCACUACCGUCUCAGGCAAACAGUACGUCGCAACAGCGACACUGAUCGACAACAAAUGCGAAGCGUACACCGAAUACCCCUCCAAGGUCGAUCCCGCUACUGAAGCUCCCCCUCCUACACAAGCACCCAUCAACGAACCCCUCACCAAGACCAUUGAUGGAACCGUCGUCGCCUGGACUGCUUACACCCUGGCUUAUGGACAGGUAUACAAGGAUGUAACUGCUACCUUCUCCAACGGUAUCGGUGAGGUGAAGACCAUCGCUACACCAGUCCCUACACAGACUCACGUCGACAACGAUGGUUCCGGUCAGUGUGGUACCAGCGAUGGUCUCUCCAAGUCCGGCCUCGGCGACGCAUGUGACCGCGCCAUCAGUGAAUUCGACGACGAUACUAUCUACACUGGGUACACUACACGCUACAGCCGGUCCAAGAAGGGUCUUUUGAUGGCAAUGUCGAUGGGACAGGCUGCUUGCAUUGCCAAGUUUAGCUGUGAUAACUAUGGUAUUGGUAUGAGCGGUAAGCUCAUCAAAGAAGCGUAA